AUGCCGCGCCGCCUGCCGGGCCUGCUGCUGCUCUGGCCGCUGCUGCUGCUGCUGCUGCUGCUGCCGGCCGCCGCCCCGGGGCCGCUGGCCCGCCCGGGCUCGCGCAGGUUGGGGCACCGCGGCCCCGGGGGCAGCCCCGGCCGCAGCCCCGCUCCGGCCGCCCCGACCCGCGCGCCUUUUUCAGGGGUCGGCCGGCCCGGCGGGGCCCGCGGCGCAGGUUUUUGCAAGAGCAGACCCUUGGACUUGGUGUUUAUCAUCGAUAGCUCUCGUAGUGUACGACCCCUGGAAUUCACCAAAGUGAAAACCUUUGUCUCCCGGAUAAUUGACACCCUGGACAUUGGGGCGGCAGACACACGGGUGGCAGUGGUGAACUAUGCCAGCACUGUGAAGAUUGAGUUCCACCUCCAGGCCCACUCAGAUAAGCAGUCCCUGAAACAGGCUGUGGCAAGGAUCACACCAUUGUCUACAGGAACCAUGUCGGGUCUGGCCAUCCAGACAGCGAUGGAUGAAGCCUUCACCAUGGAGGCUGGAGCUCGGGGGCCCACUUUCAACAUCCCUAAGGUGGCUAUCAUUGUGACAGAUGGGAGGCCCCAGGACCAGGUGAACGAAGUGGCAGCUCGGGCCCGAGCAUCUGGCAUUGAGCUCUAUGCUGUGGGAGUGGACCGGGCAGACAUGGAGUCCCUCAAGUUGAUUGCCAGUGAGCCCCUAGAUGAGCAUGUUUUCUACGUGGAGACCUAUGGGGUCAUUGAGAAACUUUCCUCUAGAUUCCAGGAAACCUUUUGCGCUCUGGACCCAUGUAUGCUUGGCACACACCACUGCCAGCACGUGUGUGUCAGUGAUGGGGAAGGCAAGCACCACUGUGAGUGUAGUCAAGGAUAUUCCUUAAAUGCUGAUAAGAAGACAUGUUCAGCUAUCGAUAAGUGCGCUCUUAACACUCAUGGAUGUGAGCACAUGUGCGUGAACGACAGGACUGGCUCUUAUCACUGUGAGUGCUACGAAGGUUAUACCUUGAAUGCUGACAGGAAAACGUGUUCAGCUCAAGACACAUGUGCUCUUGGUACACACGGCUGUCAACACAUUUGUGUCAAUGACAGAGCUGGGUCCCAUCACUGUGAAUGCUAUGAAGGGUACACUCUGAAUGCAGAUAAUAAAACCUGUUCAGUUCGUAACAAGUGUACCCUGGGCUCUCACGGCUGCCAGCACAUUUGUGUGAGUGAUGGGGCAGCGUCCUACCACUGUGAUUGUUACCCUGGCUAUACCUUGAAUGAAGACAAGAAGACAUGUUCAGCCAUUGAAGAAGCACGAAGACUCAUCUCUACAGAAGAUGUUUGUGGAUGUGGAGCCACACUGGCAUUCCAAGAUAAGGUCAGCUCAUAUCUGCGGAGACUGAACACCAAACUUGAUGACAUUCUGGAGAAGCUGCAAGCAAAUGAACAUGGACAAAUACAUCGUUAAAUUGUCCAAAUUUUUCACCUGGAAAUAUGGAGGGCGUGGUGUGCUUUAUACUUUUGCAUAUUCCAAUGUUCCAGCAAAUAAUUUGCUGUGACAAAUGCUUGACUAUUACUGGAUAAGUAGUAUAAGGAUCUUCUAGAGAAUCAAUACAAUUUUUUAAAGGAAACAAAUGUCCAGAUCCUUUUUAAGAGCAAACUUUACUGUCUCUAAGCUAAGACUGUGAAAUUAUUGGUAGGAAAUAGAAUGAAGUUUGUUAUUCCUUCAUUUACUAAUUGAGCCAUUUAAUUUUUAAAUGUUUAUGUUAGCAAGAUAACCAUACUUACAAUGGGAAUUUUUGACCUAUUUUCUUUUGAAAGUAUUUAUAGUAUAAACCAGUCUUAUUACUGAGAGUAUAAAUUAUACAAAGUACACAUAAAAAAGUUCAUAUAAUUGAGGUGACUAUAAUUUAGAACUGUUUAACACUUCUUAUUUUUUGCUAGAUUAUUACCGAAGCUGUGGUCAGAGGAUUGUAAUACACAUAUCUAAAAAUAAUUAACACAGAUCAAGUGAAUAUUACAUGCCAUUUAAAGACUUCAGUUGUGAAUUAAGUGUUAUAACUUUUUAUUAAGGGCAAAAAACCCAAAAUUUAUUUUACCUUAGGAUCGAAUCAAACUGCUGUAACAAGUAGCAAAACCUAAUGUUCUCUUUAAAUGUUUGUGAUAAGCCUAUUUUUCACUUACAUGAUUUGACACGUAAAAUUUUUCUCAGCUUUAAAGCUUAUAACUUUUAGAGAAAAGUCCUUUAAAUUGUGUACUAUUCAAUUCUUUUUUGGUUUAUAUUGUCUUUAAUAUAAUAAAAAGAUUAUC